AUGCCACCAUUCAAAUUGAGAAGUAGAAGCAAUAGCAGCAAUAGCAGCAAUAGCACAAACCUGCAAACACAAUGGUAUAAUAAUAAUAACAGGAAUUAUGACCAACACUCAAUGUCAGAGCCAACAUAUACGUUACCGGGCGUUAUAAAUUAUCUAACAUCAGAAUUCACCAAGCUAGAACGAUUUAAAAUUGUGAACAAUUUAGAACGAAGUGAAAUGAAGUUCAAAAUACUGGAAUUGGAGGGAGAAAUUAAGAGUUUAGCAUUCACAAAUAAAUUACAACAAAAGACAAUUGAGAGAUUACAAAGAGAAAACAAAAAGCUAAGAUUGAAAUUAAACGAGGAAGACCUUGAAGAUAUCAUAAUGACUCCGUCGGCCGAAGAGCUAGCAAGAAUGCCUAAACCUGAUUUACAGAUGAUUAAGAGGACAAAAGAGCGGUUGGCUAAGUCCAUGAAAGAAAUUACAGCAUUAUUGAAACCACCCACUUUACAGCCGAGUGCUCCCUUGAUAUCAUCUAGUAACGAUGUGAAAGAUAUAGGGUCUUUGUUAGAGAAGCCUGCGGUUAACAGGGCAGACGACUUUAAUUUCAAUAGCAAACCCUAUAAUUUUGCCGAGAAGGAUUAUGAAUCACCCGUUAGAAACGCAAGCUCCAUAGUUGCGCAGUACUUUGGCAGCAAUACUGACCUUAAAGAGAUUUCUAAAGAGAAGAAAAAAGCUGAAAUGGAAAACGACGAUAUUCUCAACGACGACGAAAUCUUGGACCCUGAAUUGGAAGAUGUCUUGGAAAAAGCCAUCUCAGACACCAGCGAUUCUGCUACAAUCGUGCUUGGUGACGAUGAUGAUCCCCUUGCUGAUUUAGAUGAUGAUGAUUUUUCUCUUGAUGAUAACUCACCCGAGAAUAGCCAAAUAAAUGAUGAUGACGACGACGACCUUGAUUUUAAGGGAAAGGAGUCUUCAUUCCCACUGUUGGGACCCCCAGUCCCAACUUCAAGCUCAAGUGAGAAUGACAAGGAUAAAGAAAAUGGAGGCUACGACCAUUUGGAUGUGUACUAUCAUGAUCCAAACACAAUCUAUUUAAAAUCCAUGAGAGACGAAAAUAACAAACAAGUUAAAUUAGACAUGCUAUUAGAUGGCAAACUUGUUUCGACUCAAGAAUUUGAAAUGGAUUCGUGGGCGCAAAACAUCGUUGAUAUACUCCCCAUCGAUGUACCCGAUACGCUUUUGGUAAUUGAAAAGAAUGGUGAUGUCAAAAGCAUGGAAUUUGAACUAGGCACUGGCAAAGAACACAUAGUAACAUCUGUUAAGUCUGACUUCCAAGAUAUUGAAUCAUGUGGCUUAACUGAGUUUACCGUAAAGUCGGAUGAUGCAUACAAAUAUUAUGGAUUGUGCAUUUCAGGACGGUCUUCAUCCAAUCAACAAUUCCUACUGAAGAUGUAUGAGUUAAGUUAUGAUUUGUCCAAUAGAGCAGUUGCAUCUACGGAAAUAGGCAGUUAUAAUAGAAAAUUUUUAACAAAGGGUAGGGCAGUAAAUAGAAUCCAUUUUGCUGGAUGGCUCAAUAAUGCUAAAAUUGACUCCUUGGUGGACAUUCUUGAGACUGAUAGAAACCCUAGAAGCAGCAUAUCGGGUGAUGAUUUAACUCUUUUGCCAUAUGAUGUGUUAUACGAUGUUGAUGGAAGGACAAUUAAAUUGAAUAUCGCUCUGAAGCAGGUUUCAGAAUUUUUAGCUUAG